AAAGUAGAUUGGGAUGAAGAAAGGUGUAAAAAGAUUCAAGCAGUUGGAAUAAUACACGCAGGUACAUUUUUCAUAUGUUUACGUGAAUCUAUUAGAGUUUUAUUUGUACCAUUAAUAUUUGAAUUAUUAUCAUUCCCGUUCGUUGUCCCACGUGAGACCGUGAUCGAAGAUUCUAAACCAGAACCUCCUGAAGUAUCUGAAGAAGAAGUGGUUCCGGAACCGGAACCUGAACCUGUAGUCGAUGAAGAAUGGCAAGAAUCAGAUGAGGAUGAUCUAGAUGCAUUGCCGGGUCCAUGA